CAAAUCGUCAGAAUUCCGACGUUUGUUAUAUAUUUGCCUAAGAAUUGUAUUAGAUUGAUCCAUUUUGAGGAAAAGUAUUCACGGUGCCGUGCCUACGUUAUUUAAGACACCUCCCGACUUGGGAUAUAGGUCGCCUAUUAACUCGACCUCGACCUCGUCUACACAUACACUUAUACUUACAAACUCUUACUGUAUUCAAACCUGCAGCUACUUAUACAAUGUCUUCCACAAAGCGCAAGAGCGAAGGUCUCACGUCCGGCGACGCCAACAAGAAGCCCAAGGUGAACGCGAGUAUAACAUCGUUCUUCGGUGCACCUAAGAGCUCACCCACCUCGUCCCCCGCAAAGUUUGGUGCGGGCCCCGAGCCGGCGCCCCUCAAGUUCGACAAGGACAAGUGGGUCGCGGGCCUAACGCCAGAGCAGAAGCGUCACCUCCAGCUUGAGAUCCAGACCUUGGAUCCUAGCUGGCUGGUUCACCUCAGAGAAGAGAUUACGUCUCCCGAGUUCAUCGAGCUCAAGAAGUUCCUCGAGAGCGAGGUUAAGGCCAAUAAGAAGGUGUUCCCACCUAGGGAAGAUGUCUACUCAUGGUCUCGCCACACACCCUUCAACACAGUCAAGUGCGUGAUCCUAGGCCAAGACCCCUACCACAAUGUCAACCAAGCGCACGGCCUAGCCUUCUCCGUCCGGCCUCCAACCAAGGCUCCCCCUUCCCUCAAAAACAUGUACAUCGCGUUAAAGAAGGACUACCCGGACUUCGUGCCCCCGCCCAACGGCGGCGGUCUGCUAACCCCUUGGGCGGAGCGCGGUGUACUCAUGAUCAAUACAUGUCUUACUGUGCGUGCGCACGAGGCUAACUCCCACGCGAACCGCGGCUGGGAGCGCUUCACGCAGAAAGUCAUUGACUUGGUGGCGCAGAAGCGCACUCGUGGUGUCGUGUUCCUGGCCUGGGGCAACCCCGCCGCGAAGCGAGUUACUAAGGUUGAUACCAAGCGCCACCUUGUGCUGAAGAGCGCGCACCCGAGCCCGCUGAGCGCAUCGAGGGGGUUCUACGACUGCGGGCAUUUCAAGCAGGCUAAUGAGUGGCUUGCGAAUAGGUAUGGUGAGGACGGCGUUAUCGAUUGGAAUCUUAAUCCUAGCGAAAAGAAACCGGAGGAAGCACAGCAAGAAGUUUCGCCGCCUGUUGUAGCUGUGGGAAAAGCGAAUGAGGAGAAGGGUGAGGAGGAGAGUAAAAUCCUUCAGGAGGAGGGUGAAGAGGGCAAAGAAGACAAAGAUACAGCAAGUGAUGCUGAAUCAAAGUGAGUCUACUUUCACAAAUUGCGCAUUAUGCGGGUUAGGGACAUGGGGCGUCCGGAUACUUUCUUUUCUGGUCGUAUAGGUUUACUGGUCGGCGUUCUAUGUGGUUUACAUGCCUGGACUGGUGUGUGCUCGUAGUAUAUCGACAUUGUAUAGGUCGAGGAAAAAGCCCUUUAGGAAGAGGCGGUGCAUGUGAAUAAUACCUAGUUUGUUUAAGUUAUGAGUUGUGUACCUCGUUAGAUAAUACGCUUUGCAUCCGUGAUGUUGCUAAGCGUGUCCUUAGUCUGUCAUGUAUAUAGUCGG